UAGAAUGAGACGUUCUAUUUGUCAGUUGAACAGUCAUUAUCUGAUAACUCAUGUACAGAGAGAAUUUUCUCUUGGGAUUUAUCUUCAAAAUUAUAACAGUCGUGGACGUCGUAGAACAAGAAAAUUCCCUCCAUGUGGACAACGCGUCCGUCUCGUUCGCGAUCGCGGGAACAAAAUUGGUGAGGCAUCUCGGAUGGACCGAGAGGAAUCAAUGCGACGUGUUGACCGGCAUAGGAUAUCGAAGGACAGCGGCGAUCCGCGCCUACCAAAAUGGUAGGGGGGUACCAGCCGGAGAUCCGGAGGAUGGUAUAAGAGAAGAAGGGAUACGAAACCAACGCCAGUUAUAUUGACUUUCUUUUAAGCGACACGCGCGUUACACACGUAUAUACUCUCCGCGGGAGGAUACACAUUAAAAGCUGCACGCAACUUGUACAGCCUGCAAUCCACCGCCGUCUAGAAGCUCCGGAGCAUCCUGGUGCCGUUCUAACGAUCCGAUUGUUCCAUUCCCCGCAUUCAGAUUUUCACGAUGAGGCUACUGCUAGGAAUGCUACUAGUUAUAGUAGCGUUAACUACGCACGCACGUGGACUUCCCUAUGGACAAUUGCCACCUCAAUUGCAGACACAUGACAAGCCCGUUUGGUACGGUGACAAUCGUGUUUCUCAAGCUCAAAACAACGUCUACCCUACUUACAAAGAUAACAUCGCCUCGGAACAAAUCGAACAAACGCAAUUUAAUUGGGAUCAAUCGCAACAAAAUACGUUCAAAGGAUACGAAACGCAUGCUCCGUCAGACUCACAGAAGCAAUUUAAUUACGCAUACCAGCCUGAUCAAACGUUGCAACCCUAUCCUAGCGCUGUGGAUGGUUUUACCAUCAGCUGCAGCGGUGAAGAUAAAGUUUGUGUAACCAAAAGUCUGUGCGUCAACGGAUAUGUGGAUCCUUUGAAACAAGGCUUUAUUCGACCAGGACAGGUACAAGAGUGCAAGCUCAGCCACGAGGUAUGCUGUACCGUGCGAUUGAAUAAUUCGCCGUACAGUAACGAUCAGAUCUUUAAUACGGUGCUGAAGGACAAUCAGUACCCGGAACCUACCCUGGAAAACGACGAGAAGUACGUUCCGUACGGGGAAAAUAAUCAGGCGGACGUGACGGUGCUGAAGCCUCCGUUAGAAUACAACGCCGCCUUGCAAUCCCCAUCGAGCAUUGGAUAUGAGAAAGAGCCUGUUAGUCGACCUCACGACGACAUAAGACCGACCGAAGAGGUGCCGAUCGAUUACAAUGUGAUACCAUCCGAUACGAACCAACAGGAGCAGUACCAAACUGGAGCUACUAGCGCCGACGAUUCAAUCUUCCCGUUAAAAUCGCACCCUGGUAAUCCUAAUCCCUCAGUCUUCCAAUUCACCGUUUACAUGGGAUGUGCGGCCGCUCUACUCUGCGUAGAAGAGCAGUACUGCACAUUAGAAGGAGUGAUUAGCACGCAACCAGUUGCGCUUACCAGUGCGCAGCUCUUACGACGUGCUCCUUUAAGCAGCUGCAAAAUUCCGAAGACCGGGGCGCCUGGUAAGUGUUGCCGCGACCCGAACUACGUGGACCCAUGGCCGACGGGCAAUUUACCGGCUAACUACAGCGGCGGCUUCGACGAGCAGGGCUUCCCGACGUUCCUGAACAUCGCGAAAGUGCGACCGCCGCAGAGGCCGGUCACGCAGCCGCCUAUUAAGACGAUCUCCAGGCCACCCGUCACGCAGCCACCGGUUCACGAGCUUGUGCAACCCACGAAUGUCGUGCCCCUGGUGCCGGACGAUUCCGAUCUGAUCCCGCAACGCGUGCUUCCGAUCUCGACCCCGGUUCCGAUAACACCCCCGGUCUCGAUAACACCCCCGGUCAGCAGCCCUGGACCGUUUAUCAAGCACGACCAGGACCCUAUUCCUGUUUCACCACUCCUACCGGAAUUGGAAUUGCCCAACAAUCCGUGUGGAGUGAGAAAUUUUGGACAACGCCCGCCCGGCUUCAGAGUGACCGACGCCGCAUUUGGAGAGAUUCCGUGGCAAGCAAUGGUCUUGUGGUCAGAGGAGCGUAAAAUUUUGUGCUCCGGCGUAUUAAUAUCACCAGACAUAGUUCUAACAGCUGCCAGUUGCGUAAAUAGAUUCCCGGCGAGUGAACUGUCGAUAAAACUUGGGGAAUGGAAAUUGGGCUACGAACGUCAACAGGAGGAGCCGCUGCCUUUCCAAAUCAUCAACGUACAAACGAUCAAGUAUCAUCCUGGAUACGUGGAGGGAUUGCCCAGCAACGAUUCCGCUAUGCUGCUCCUGCAACAUCCCGCACAAUUUAAUUUACAUAUUAACACACUUUGUCUGCCCGACAACUAUCAAGUGCAAGAAACCUCGCAAUGCAUCGUGACGGGAUGGGGCAAAUCGAUAUUGCAAGCUCAUUACGCUGGCGCUAUUAUGCACAUGGUCGACGUGGAUCUUUUGACACGCGACGUCUGUCAAAAUCGCGUUUUGAACGCGGACUCCCAAAUCAAUGUCGCUCAAAAUAUAAUCUGCGGCAAAGCGCAUGAAGAAAACAAUAUGUGCCAGGCUGACAUCGGUUCCCCGUUGGCUUGUUACGACGGCAAUGGAGCCUACCAUAUCGCUGGAAUUUAUAGCCAGGACACCGGAUGCUUACCCACGAAUCAGGUGGCGACAUUCACACCAAUUGACAUCGACUGGGUGAAACAAACUAUGUAUCCAUCCGAGCCCAAGAUAGACGUUAGCGACAGCGGCUAUGAUUAUAGAAAGAGUAACUUACCAGCAGGUAACGAGUAUUUGCCACCAGUGUAAAGGUAAACAGCAACGGUAUACAUUCACACCGUUGUAUAUUUUUUUUAAUACUCACGAAUGGUAGAAAGAGGGAGCGCAACAAGAUGCGUUGACAUAAUACUCGAUUUAGCGAUAAUGCUGCAAAGAAUAAUUGGUGGCGUUUAAUUGAUUUCAUGCUAAGUCGCGAGAAAGAGCCAGACAGUAAUCGUCGCCAAACGAUUGCGCGUUACAAAUAAUCGUUGCCGAUACUAAAUAUAGACUAAAAUUAUACUUUACGCUUCGCUUUCGAGUAUUAUUAUUUAGAAUUUUCAUGAUAUAGAAUUUCUUAUUCUAUAAUUUUCGAAAAUUUAUAAAAUCUGAAGGAGUUUAAGAUGUUUCUUCAUAAAUCAUAAAAUGUUGCAAAUUUUAUAAGUAAAAUUUUUUUACUCUUCGUAAAUGGAAAAUUAAAAAAAAAUGACAUUAUGAAAGCAGUUUUUACCAGGAAACAAUAAAAAAACUCUGCAUGAACUCUUAGAUUUUAAUGGGUGCAAAUAUAUUUAUUUGUACGGUGUAAUAAAAAUAAUAUAAAUGUGUCUGUACAUAACGGGGAACGUCGUAUAAACGAUGUAUGCUUUUCUGCGCGUAAGAUUAAGCUACAAAGGAUUCUAUCGAAAAAUUAUAUUACGUUUAAUAAAUAUUUGUUAGAAAAUAUC